CUCUCCCCCCUCCCCUCUCUCUCUCUCUCUCUCUGAUUCAAUUCUUUCUUAUGUGAUGUGAUUUUUCACCAUAUCUGCAAACUCUUUCUAAGGCAUUAAUUUAAAGCCAAACUCAAAGAUGGUUUUUUCUUCUCUUCCAGUGAAUCAGUUCGAUUCACACAACUGGCAGCAGCAGCAAGGAAACACACAACAGCUAGAGCGUGUCACAACUGACCAGAACCCUAAUUUCAAUUUACCACAGUUCUCAUCACCGCCGGCUUCUCAGGCUGGCUCGAGCCAAGCCAGGGUGAAUUCAAUGGUGGAACGUGCUCGGAUCGCGAAAGUCCCAUUGCCUGAAGCAGCUUUGAAGUGUCCUAGAUGUGACUCCACCAAUACUAAGUUCUGUUACUUCAAUAACUACAACCUUACUCAGCCUCGGCAUUUCUGCAAGACAUGUCGCCGCUACUGGACACGUGGCGGUGCCCUGAGGAAUGUUCCUGUCGGAGGAGGCUUUCGGAGGAACAAGAGAAGCAAAUCCAACGGCUGUGGAAGAUCGAAAUCCACGGUCGUGGUUUCGGCUGAUAACACUAAUACUACUUCGUCGCUUUCUUCUCACCCAAGUUAUUCAAACCCUAGCAAGUUUCCUAGCUACGGCCAAAUCCCGGGUUAUAGUUCCAACUUACCAAUAUUGCCUCCUUUCCAAGGCGUUGGAGAUUACAAUUCAAGCAACAUUGGGUUGGAUUUUGGAGGAAUUCAGAUAAGCAACGUGAUGAGCGGGAUGAGUUCUAGUGGUGGGAUCUUAGAUCCAUGGAGAAUGUCUUCAUUGCAACAAGCUCAGCAAUUCCCUUUCUUGAUCAACACUACAGGUUUGGAGCAAUCUUCAAAUGUGUUGUAUCCACUACUACAAGGUAAUGAAAGUGUUAACCAAGCUAAUCCUCAACAAGAGAGUAGUAGUGAUUAUUCCAAUCAGCUACGCUCUAAACCCUUGAUGGAUAUGGCUUCAAGCGGGGAUGGGGCUGCACAACCGAGAAAUGUUAAGUCGGAAGAUAAUGAUCAGGAUCCAGAUACCUUGUCGAGAAACUUUUUGGGGAAUAUUAAAAUAAAUUCUGCGGGGAACGAUGAGUACACGCCAUGGGGAGGCAAUAGCAGCAUUAACAGUUCAUGGACCGGUUUCACCUCCAACAACUCAACAGGCCAUCUCUCAUUUUAAGUACUCAGCACGAUUUCUUGAUGAUUCUUUUGUUGGUUGGGUUGUACAUGGAUCGCUUGUCAUGGGGGUUAUAUAUAACUGAGGAGAGGUCAAACCAUGGAGCUAUUAUAUAUAUGAUCCAAGGGCUAAUUUUGGGGCUCAAGGAAAAUUAAGGUAUGGUUAUAAAACUAUCUUUUUAAUCUUCUAGAAGAUAUUCAAGGUGUGAGUAUGUUAAUUGGUAGGCUUCUGGUGAUAUUCAUGUUUUAUCAGAAUUUGGUGUUAUAUUGGCUAUAUUUAUAUAGAGGUGUGCGUUAUGUAUGAAUUAAGGAAUCGAUAAUGGAAACU